AUGGAGGAUAGAAUACAGUUCGAUAUCAAUGAGUCACUCAAGUACUACUUGAGUGAUCCAUCUUCCCUUCCCACCCCCGAGGCAGACCCAGAGCUUCUCGACUGCGAAUCUGACCCGGAUCAAUUGUCGCCGGCACUGAUUGACAACGUUUUAAACCCGAUCGUGGAUGCAGUGGCGGAAAACCCAGAAGCCCUAACAAGAUCUUCAAUUUUUGAUUCUCUACAAUAUCUAUUAAAAUAUACCACAUUCGUCCCCGUGAAAUCCCUCAGCAAACUACUCGACCUUAUCGUAUCCGGACUGUCUGUUGAGGCAGACAUUAUUCAUGGCGACUUAGAAUCUGACGAGCAGGAUGCCAUCCAACACCACAAACAACUCCUGGAGAUGUACGGGUUCCUGCUCCAGUGGGCUCUAUCUGCGGUAGAGGUCAAGGCGGCAGAGAAACCUGCAGAGUCUGCCCCUGCCCGACGAGGAGGCCCCAAAUCCAAGAAGUCCGCCAAGGAUGGACACUGGGAUUGGACUCCCCAGAUCCAAAUUUCCAUGGAGACCAUGUGCAAGGUGAUGAAACUCAAAUUAGGCCGUAUUUUUCUGACCACCUCGGAUCGCGACACCUUUAUUAAUUUGUUCACCCGCACUAUCUAUUUGAUCUUGGAGAGCGAGCAGAGAGUCAAGAGCAUGGCCAUUCGAAUGCAUGCCUUCAAGGUGCUGUGCAUCGCGGUGAAGCACCAUGGCCAUGCCUUUGGAGCGCAAACCUCAAUCGUUCAAAGCCUGACAUACUUUGAGCAUCUGUCCGAACCCAUGGCCGAAUUCCUUCACAUCCUUGCGGAACAAUACGACUAUCCUCAACUCUCGGAUGAGAUCUUAAAGGAACUUGGAAAUAAGGAGUUCAACUCAAACGACACCCGUGGGCCGAAGUCCGUCUCUGCAUUUAUUAUCAAGCUAUCCGACCUUGCCCCGAGAUUGAUCAUUAAGCAAAUGACCCUCCUAGCCAAGCAGCUCGAUAGCGAGGCAUACACACUGCGCUGUGCAGUCAUCGAAGUCUGCGGCAACCUCAUCUCCGAUUUGAGCCGACAAGAAGAACCCAGCGAGAAUUACAAGACGCAAAUCAACGCCUUUUUCGACGUAUUGGAAGAGAGAUUCCUGGACAUCAACCCCUAUUGCCGCUGCAGAGCCAUUCAGGUCUUCAUGCGAAUCUGCGAUUUAGAGCAGAAAUUUCCUAAGAGACGGCAGCGUGCAUCUGAGUUGGCUGCGAGAAGCCUGGAAGAUAAAAGCAGCAAUGUGCGACGGAAUGCGAUCAAACUGCUGUCUAAGCUGGUCGCUACGCACCCAUUCAGUGUGAUGCACGGCGGUCAACUCUCGUACAAGGAGUGGACCGAGCGCUUAGAUGGGGUAGAUGCGGAACUGAAUGCUCUGCGGCCCCCAGAGACACCAGGCUUUGAUGCGGAUGCUACUCAGGGCGUCGAUCCUGAAUUGUUGGAUGAAGCAACCCAGAUGCCGGAUGACUCGCCUUCGAAAGCGCCCAGGAUGACAGAAGAAGAGAAGGAAAUCGCCGUGCAAAAAGCAGCGGAACAGGCGGCCACAUCCGAGUUGUUGACUCGGUUACAGCUGACCAGGAAAUACUACAAUGAGGCUUUGCGCUUCAUCGAAGUUCUCCAUUCGGGAUCCACAGUAGUGUCUCAGCUGCUUUCAUCUCGCAACAAGAGUGAGGUAAUCGAGGCCAUGGAUUUUUUUGUGGUUCUAGAUGCCUACAAGGUCGAGACAGCUCGUAGUGGAAUCCGUCGCAUGCUCCGUCUAAUUUGGACCAAAGGCAACAGUGAUGAAGGCAAGGGUGUUCAAACUCAUCUUAUUGACUGCUACAAGGGGCUCUUCUUUGAUGCACCUGACUCUUUCAGCCCCAAUGAUGCCGCGAACUACAUCGCUCGCAAUAUGAUCAGUUUAACCUUCGGCUCGACACCAGCCGAACUCACUUGUCUGGAGCAGUUACUUAGUACCAUGAUGAAAGCAGGACAUGUCUCGGAGACAGUAAUCGCCAAGCUCUGGCAGGUUUACAGUGUUCAGAAAAAGGAAAUCUCGAAAACCCAGCGCCGGGGUUCCAUUAUCGUCCUUGGUAUGCUCGCGUUGGCCGACCCAGAGGUUGUCGUCAAGGAGAUUGAGGCUAUGCUACGCAUCGGCCUCGGCGGCUUGGGACGAUCCGAUCUUGUGCUUGCCAAAUAUACCUGCAUUGCUUUACGUCGCAUGGUGCCUGGGCGUCAGGCUAAAUCCAAGGAUAUUGGUAUCCCCAAACUUGCCAACGACCAUUCGGUCUUGACCAAGCUUGCCGCCAUGCUCGAAAUUGUCUCUAACAGCAAAGAGUGGUAUGGUGUUGCGGAACAAGCUAUCAGCGCCAUCUACACUCUAUCUAAGCACCCGGAUGUUCUUUGCUCUGACAUUCUUCGGAGAAAGACUCGGUUUGUGUUCCAGCCUCAUCUUCAACGCCCUUCCUCCUCGCAUGUUUCUGUGGAUGAGGAGGACCAACGUCCUGGUACCGCAUCAACCGAUGGGCUAGGCUCAAAAUCAAGGCCUUCAUCCGCAGCCCUCUCGCAACUCCUGUAUGUCGUUGGCCAUAUUGCGAUCAAGCAAAUUGUGCACUUGGAGCUGUGUGAGCUUGAUUUCAAGCGCCGCAAGGCGGAACAAGAGAAGAAUAAGACGGCGGAGGCUGCCGCUCAAAAGCCCGCCGACAAUGCCGAUGAGGAUGAGCUUGACUUGAUCGGAGGUACCACCGAGGACGAUUUUCAAGACGCCAUGGCUCAUAUUCGUGAGCGUGAGCUACUUUAUGGCGAGAACUCCCUUCUUGCAAAGUUUGGUCCAUUAGUGGCGGAGAUUUGCGCCAAUAACAACACCUACCCGGAUCGUGAUCUACAGGCAUCCGCGACCUUGUGUUUGGCGAAGCUCAUGUGUGUAUCGGCUGAAUAUUGUGAGAAGAAUCUUCCGCUCCUGAUCACAAUCAUGGAACGGUCCGAGGAUCCGAUCGUGCGCAGUAAUGCCGUUAUCGCACUGGGUGACAUGGCCGUCUGCUUCAAUCAUCUCAUUGACGAGAAUACGGACUUCCUAUACCGCCGUCUCAAUGAUGACGAGGCAUCCGUCAAGCGUACUUGUCUCAUGACCCUCACCUUCCUGAUUUUGGCUGGUCAGGUCAAGGUCAAGGGUCAGCUCGGUGAGAUGGCUAAAUGCUUGGAGGAUGAUGAUAAGAAGAUUGCCGAUUUGGCCCGCAUGUUCUUUACCGAACUGGCCACCAAGGACAAUGCUGUUUACAACCACUUUGUGGACAUGUUCAGUCUGUUGAGUGCGGAACGGAAUUUGGAGGAGGUAUCUCUCCGCCGUAUUGUCAAGUUCCUCAUCGGAUUUGUGGAGAAGGAGAAACAUGCUCGCCAGCUAGCGGACAAGCUUGCCGCCCGACUGCCUCGUUGCGAGACGGAGCGGCAAUGGAAUGAUGUCGCCUACGCGCUGUCUCUGCUCCCACAUAAGAAUGAAGACAUCACCAAGACCGUGACUGCUGGCUUCACCAAGGUCGUCAGUGCCUCAGCUUAG